CCACAAUGCAACGCGCACAGAUCCUACGCAGGUAAUCUUCAACACUGGGAAGAAAAGGGCUUAGCAUCCGUUAAACUCUGUGGAAUUGUCCUUUCAUGUCCAAAAUCUAAAGGUCGUCUCUUUAGUGUGCGUCUUCUGGUGAACAUGAGGAAUUCAUUGUCUCAGUUUAAGCGGGCUGAAUCUUUACAAGAUAUCGAAGUGAAUGAAGGGUACCUUUCGCAUUGUUUCGCAACGGCGAAGCAACAGUUAAAAGCUAAAUUCAGAGCCCUCUUGAGGCAUCUUGAAGACUGUAAAAAAUUCUCAGCAGAUACUAGAAUAGCUGAUGAAAAUGAAGAAGACAUCAAGAAAUUCUCAAGCGAGGUAAGAUUGUCGAAUGUCGUGUUCAAGCUCCAUGAUAUUGAUGAGAAUUGGCAAAUUAAAUAUUGUCAAACCUGUGUAGUUCAUAUAACCUUGAAGAAGAAAAGGGCUUAGCAUCCGUUAAACUCUGUAAAGCUAGUUUUUCAAGUUCAAAAUCUAAAAGUAGUCAGCAAUAUACAUCUCCUGGUGAACAUGAGGAAUUAAUUGUCUCAGUUUAAGCGGGCUAAAUCUUUACAAUAUAUCGGAGUGGAUGAAAAGUACCCUCAGUAUUGUUUCGUAAAAGCGAAGCAGAAGAUAAACGCUACAUUCAGAGACCUCAGGAAGUAUCUUGAAGACUGUAACAAAUUCUCAGCUGAUACUAGAAUAGCUGAUGAAAAUGAAAAGGAAACCAAGGAAUUCUCAAGCGAGGUGAGAUUGUCGAAUGUCGUGUUCAAGCUCCAUGAUAUUAUUGAAUUGGUAAAUUAAAUAUUGUUAAACCGGUGUAGAUCAUAUAACCUUGUGGUUGUUUUUUAAUAUUUUUUUAAAAAAUUAUUUUGCUAUUACUACAAAGCUGCCCUGCACUAUCACUGUCAAUUUUUUGAUGUAAUUAAUUCUCAUUAAGUUAGAACUGAUUACUGCAUUCCUCUCGCACAGGUGGCAGGCUAUGAGGCUCAGAUUUCAAACAUCUUAGAGGUACUAUCAAGGAAUCAGAUGAAGGUGGCAUUCUUUGGACAAAACAGCAAUGGAAAGAGCACCACACUAAACGCCAUGCUACAAGAUGAGAUCUUACCAAUGGGAAUUUGCCAUACUAAAAAUUGCUUUCUCAGUGUACAUGGUUUAGAUAAACCAGAUCCAUAUAUCUUGGUUCCAGGGAGUACUGACAAAAAGAAUGUGAAGGUAUGUCUUCUUAAAAAGUAUUGUAAAUUUCUCUUUUGUAAUAAUUAUAUGUUCAGUUGAACCUCAAUUAUUCAGACUUUUCGAUUAUCCGGGCUUUUUCUCUGGUCCCGUUUUUUUCAUGAAUAUUAAUGAUCUUAGAUGUUAAAAACUUUAGGAGGUAAAAAAAUUCAGAAAUUAUGUUAAAAGUCAGGAAAUUUGUGUUUAAAACAGCGCAUUACACGCUCUACUUUCAAAAGAUCAAGUGCUCGGAGACAAAAAGAGACAAGAAGCAUUCUAAUGUGUUCAGCUGAAUUUUGAUUGGUUCAGCAUUGUUUUAUUGCUAAGGGAAUGUCAUGCUUGAUCAGUUCGAUGAGCGUGGGUUAUGUAAACACACGAGAUGAUCAUAACUCAAUUGUCACAUUAAUAUUCAUAUUUUUGAUUAUCCGGACUCUCGAUUAUCCGGACUAUUUAUCCUAGUCCCACUGAGUCAGGAUAAUCGAGGUUCGACUGUACUACAUUUUCUUGAUUGGAAAUUGUUGCAAGUCUCCUUUAUAAUAAUUAUGCGUACCACAUUUUCUUGAUUAAGUAACUAGUGCAUUUAUUUCAAACUUGGCCUAGUGAACCUGGUGUUUAUAAGCAUCAGGAUGGUGUAUUAAUCUGUGUGUGUCAACUUUUCAUAAUACCCAUACUUCAAGACUGACAGGUAGUUGGUUAAGAAAACAUGAUUUUUCUCUGUCAAACUGUCACCUAGUCUUGUAACCAUAAAUAUGAUUUAUGGUUAAUAACUUGAAUUUGAUUUUUAUGGCCUGGCAACAGGUAAAGGCCUAAACCUUGAUCAAUUACCCAUACCAUUUAAUUAUAAACUAGCUUUAUUUCUCUGGUGUUUGUAAGAUUUAACAAUUAAUUUUGGUUUGACAUUAAUUUAGACAAUAUCACUGGUACUUAAUUUAUCUUAAAGCAGAGAAACACUUAUGAAAGAGAUUAAAUAAUACUCCAAUUUACAUAUGCCCUGUAUAAGUUAAUGAAUAGUUAAUUACCUUGAUAUACUUUUCUUUUUGGUAUCAAAACAGUCAUUAGAUCGACUUGUCCAUUCCUUGUGCAACAAAAAGCUUGAUCCAGGCAGUAUUUUUCAAGUGUUCUGGCCAAAGUCCAGGUUUGAUUUUGUUUAGUAAUUUUUAUAUCAUUCACAUGUACUCACAGGUAACUGUUGUCCUUGUCAAUCAAAGUGCAUUUACAGUUCAACCUUGCAAACUUUAUUCAUGGGUUGUUAUCAUGCUCAACUUCCUUCAGUAAUUGUUUAAUAUACAUACAAUAAAGUUUAAAGCUGAGUCAUUGGUUUUUCAAUGAGUGUCUUAUAAACAAAGGAAAUGUACUUCUAGUGUUGGAAAGCUCUUGGAUAGACUGCCUCUUGUGCCUUUAAAAGAAGUAAAAAACUUUCCAAACACAGUACACGUUCUAGAUAAUGCAUUUCACAUUACAUCAGAGGGUUUGUAUCAUUACAAUAAAGUUUUGCCUGUACAUUGUUAUCACUUGUUAUAGUUUCAUUUUUGUUAAAAAUGUAUUUUUUGAACCUCAGAUGUAAACUGUUGUCAGAAGAUGUUGUUUUGGUGGAUAGGUAAGCAAUUUAAAGUGAUGAAAUGUACUGUAUAAUUAACCUUUUGAGCCCUAAGAAUUGAAUUUCUCCUUAAAAUUUCACCCCUGAAUUACACAUUAAGAUCACAAGAAUAAAAGAAAUGAUCACCAACCAAUGAAGCUCAGGACUGUUUGGCAAAUUGUAUUUUUCUACACUUUAGGUAAUGUAUAGAGAACAGUACAGAGAAUAUGCAUACUUAUGUCAGGGUGUGAAGGUUUAAGAAGAACAAAAAGACAGAAAAACAAGAAAACACUGAAAACAAUAGGUUAAUUAGGCAUUGCUCUAUUGUGACAUAUCCUGUGUCUUCUACACCAAGAAGUAGCCUAAAAAUGCUUUGUAAAUAGUCACAGACAACUGUUAUUUUAGUCCUGGUAUAGAUAUGAGCCCUGAUCUUGAUCUGUGGAUAGAUAAGCACUGUUUGGAUGCUGAUGUGUUUGUCCUGGUUGCUAAUGCUGAGUCAACGCUUACGCUUGCGGUAUGUUCAUGACUAUUCAUGUGCCAUUUGUAAAUUAAAGAUACAACACAUACAAACUUUAAAUUUGAUUGAAUUUUUCUUAAAAUUUCAGUUGCUUUAAAAUGUGACUUAUUACAGGAGAAAUUUAUCCAGUGUGGUAGCAUUCAUUGAUUGAACCUUCCCAUGCUUGUGUGGUUUCUCAUUUGGUACCCUUGUCAUUUGCAGGAGAAAAACUUUUUUCGCAAAGUAAAUCAGCGUUUUUCAAGACCAAACAUCUUCAUUCUAUAUAACAGAUGGGACGCAUCUGCAUCAGAACCCGACACAAUGAAGCUGGUAAGUAAGCACUUAUUUUUUCUUGAUACCCAUUCAAAUUUGAAAUCAAAGGAUGUCAAAAAUGGAAUCAAAACACAGCAUUGGAGUUGCCUUUUAUCUCAUAUGCUCUCUUCAUAGGAAAUUGUUGCUGGGAAAAAAAAAGGUACAGAUAGAUUCCUGGUGGGGAGGUGAGGGGUGCUUAGAUAGAGGGGAAGGAUUCAGAAUUCAGGUAUAAUUAUGGGUGGGACAACAAACCAUUUAUCCCACUCCCCCCUGGACAACAACCCCCUCCCCCCCCCCCCCACUUUUAGAUGAUGGUAAUGAAGUGUAAUUUUUUUUAAAUUUUUUACCUGUUUCCUUAAGGUGAAAGAUCAGCAUCUCAGUAGAAGCAUCAGUUUUCUUGUUGAUGAUCUCCAGUGUGUAGACAAAGGACAGGCAGAAGACAGAGUGUUUUUUGUCUCAGCUAAAGAGGUAAGCUGCUGGAUAUUAUAUAUUAGGGUUUAUAAGGACCAAUUGCAAAUAACUUUGAACAAGUCUUCAAGUUUUUGUUACAAUUAUCCAAAGAGAAAUAUAACACAGGUCACACCUCUUAGUUUAUUUAUUUAUUUUCCCACUUUCUUUUCCUGUUUCUGUUUUACCCAGACGUUAAAUACCAGAAUGCUGGAACACCAAGGAAUGCCUAAAGAAGGUAUGUGGCUGAACAAGAAGUGCCUUCUCUUGAAACAGCAUAAACACAAACUGUCAACAAAUAAGAUUUUAAAUUUAAAUAGAGUAACUAGCAUUGCCUUGUUGUUUUUCAGGUGGUGCCAUUCAUUUUGAGGGAUUUCGUGCAAGACAGUUGGAGUUUGAGAACUUUGAACGCAAAUUUGAGGUAUUGUAGCUGCUGUUCAGGCUUACAGUACCGCUCGCGUAUACGCUAACGACGCAGAAGAAUUUCAUACGUUCAGACGCAGGGUAGUCAGACGCGUAUAUGCGAUUAUUUGCGCGCACGGUCGAAAAAAAUGCGCGAUUCAUGUGCCUUUGUUAUUCAGUGCUUUAAAUUUCCUUUUUAUUUCAUUGUUGUGUGAAACAACUGACUUUUAGGUUUGAAAAAGCGGCGAGUAGACAACAGAAAAUUUCCAUAAUGAAAGAUAGCUAUCAUGUUACACUCACGCAUGUCGCGUCGCCUCGCGAAUUUUUUGGAAUGAAGAGCUGUAGCAGUGGAUUUGCUUGAUUUGAGUUGUUGAUGAAUCAGCUGGGAAGGAAAAUGUCACUUACUCAAGGCAUCGAAACACGAGUUUCAUUGAGCGAGUAACGAAACAAAUACCCACUAAUGAGCUCCUCAAUUUAUUCAUGGCAAUCAACACUCCCUAAGAUGUUUACGUCGUGGAAUGUAAACAAUUUGGUGUUUGUAUCGCAGGUGAUGAUUUCUUCGGAACUUCAAACCUACCUCGAUCAUCUUCGACGAGGAUCAGAAGGAAAAUAUACUCUUUAAGAAUGAGAAUGGUGUUCUGUUUUAUUCAUUGCAAUCGGCGCCCGCUUUAGUGUUUACUCACCGGAGGGUAAACAGUUUCAUUUCGCAUCGCUCGUGAUGAUUCGUUUGAUUGCGGAGCGCGUCAUAUAACAACGAUGAAAGGUCUAAGUCACAAUGUCAAAGACGAAAAUUCAGCUAAAAACCGAAAACGCUUCGACAGACUACCGUUCAUUAUCAUAUUAUGCAAGCGUCUGUCAGUAAUGUCAAGAUCUUUCAAACAAAGUCUAAAAUUUGACAUCAACCCGAAUAUUUUAUUCACACAACAAAGCUUACUUUACUGUAUGAUAUUAAACAAAAUAAAAUGGAAACGGUAAAAAUUUCGAAAACAAACAGCAGUAUUUCAAUAUAUUACUUUACGCGUGCCUGUUCGGCAAUCUUACUAUUGCGUAAGUAUCCGUCUACAGCUUCACGACAAUCGCGCCAUGACUGUUCUUGUUACGUUAAUGCGGGUAUCAGCGGCCAUCCCGAGGGGUCGACCCCCGGGCAACCCAAGGGCAACCCACGGGCUUAGCAGGGGAUUUGUAGCAAAGGCAUGCCCCGCACGCGGGGCAUUAGAGCGCUUUUGCGUUUUUGGCAAAAUACCCCGGGGCCAUACCCACGGGAUUUGCACGUAAUCUGCUGUUAUUUUUGCUUUCCUACAAGGCCCAAUGAGCGUAAGAAGUGGGAGGUUUUCUGUAAGCGAGCGAUCCAAGAAUCUGUUCAUUGCAUUUUAAGGAAAGCGACAUCGAGAUUUCAAUUUCAUACGGUUAGUUCGCAUUCGAAGCGUCUUGCCGAUAGGAAGAGAUAGUGUGAUGAACAACCGCAAGCCAAGAAAGUUUGCCCCAGAAAGCUCGAAUUUGAGGACUCCAUAGAGACUUGUGUGGAUUUUAGUGCUGAUGUGGCUUCAGUAAACCAUGGUCACUCGUACUUUUGUAUCGAGGAACAGGCAACACCGACUAUAUGUUGCCCAGAUUGCUCCAGGGGUGGGGGUAUUUGUCCCAAUUUUUUGCCCUACCCGAGGGGCUUUAGCAUGUAUUUGUCACGGCAGCUGUGACAAAUGCCCCUGGGUGCCUGGAGGUCGACCCCUCGGGAUAGCCGCUGAUACCCGCAUAACGUUAACGGAAAAAUUCAAAGAUUAUCUGUCUUAUAAUUUCCAUUUUAAGUGGAUCAAGCGGAAGCUUUUUUCCAACCCCCCUAACAUUUCGUCCAUCCAAUUCGUGUGGCAAAAAGAAAUGGCGUACAAGAUGAACCGCAAAAUUUUUUUCCGAUGUCGACCGCGACCGUAGUAGAAGGAGGGUAUUAUCACGAGUUUUUGUACAAUCCAAUAGAGUUUUCAGCUAGCCUCUUGUCUGUCGGUAGAUCCCCCUAUGAACUAAAAGGUGGCAAAAAUAUUUUGAUGAUUGCGAUGUGGAAUUUAAUGGUAUUGUUAUUCAAGGAGUAUAGAAUUGCUAAUGGUAACUUCAGAUAUAGCUAUGCAGGGGGUUUUCCAUAAAAGCUAGUCACAGGUAGUUUACUGCCGCCUUAAAGACCUUUAACUGAUAUCUGUUUAGCAUGGAAAGGGGCCUUCUGACCCCUUUUCUCCAGGAACUGUCACUUUAAACACCAUUGGCAGCUGCUUAUGGAAAAGGUUAUUGAAACCCCAGGGUCUGUUGUGUGUUAAAUCAUUUGUAAGAGCUAAUGAAAGAUUGCUACCACAGAGUCACGAUGUUUAUGUAAAUUAAUGUACCUUUUUCCAUUUAAAGUUAAACACAUUUGCUUGUCUAGAGUUUGUGUCAAUUAAUUGUUCUGACUUUGCAAUAGAGGCUUUACAUGCUUGAUUUUAUAGGAGUGUAUUUCUAAGUCAGCCAUACAAACCAAGUUUGAAUCUCAUGCACUCAGUGGGUUGAAAAUUGCAAACAUGGUAGAGGUUCGUAUGGGAAAAAUAGUGGAUUCUGCAUCUCAGCAAAGGUGAGAAAGAGACAGAUAAUUUUCUUCUUUUGCCUCUCAAUAGUGAUUUCAGUGAUUUGUUGGUUUUGCUGAGUUCAUAUGGUCUAUUUUCCUCAGAUCUAAACUGGAGAAAACCAAGAUGGAGAAAAAGAUUAGACUGGGAUACGUGAAGGAACAGCUUAGAAGCUGUAAACAUGACUUCAAAUGCUGGAUCGAGAAAAUCACUUCUGAAGUUGAGGAUCAGGUAAUAAAAUAACUACUCAAAUGCUCUUUAAGAGGCAUAAGGUUAAUACUUGUUGUUUAUUUAGUCUCGAAUCACGGUAAUUUCAAGUUUUUCACAGUGUAAGGUUUCAGAACAGGCAGAUCAAAAAGUAUGUAAUCAAAUGGAUAACUUUAUUGACACGCUUCUCAAAUGCUUGUCAGAUGCCUUUGAUAUGCAUAUCAAAUUUACUUUGAAGUGAUUGGUAAAAACUUAUCUAGAGUUUGCCUUUAUUUUACUGCUGUAGUGCCUGAGUACACACAGAUAUGCACCUAAUUUGUAAUAAGUAUGAUGACUUAUAGUAGUAAGGAUGAACACAAAUCAGAACACAACCUUACAGAACUAAACUGUCAGAGCUUUUCCCAAUUUCUGCACCCAGAGUAUGGCUACUCCCCCCUGAAAUGGGAAGCCAGUCCAUCCCAUGCUACCCGUCCCCCACCCUGACAGCAGUUCUUCAUGUUUUCCCGAUCCCUUGUUUGUAUCCAUUUUUACUCUUAGGGCCUUUCCGCCCGAGCGGAUUCAAAUUGAAUUGCCCCAACAAAAUCAAAGGACAAAUUUUGUCAAAUUUCAAAGCCGUCAAAUUCCGUCAGCACCUGAUCUGUUCAUAAGACCGGCCAGCAUAGUUGCCAAAGGAUUCCACCUCCAAUUUCCAGGAUUUAUUCUAAGUCUUGUUAAAUUUUACAAUCCCUGAGUUUUGCAACAAAAGACAAUUUUUGCCUUUCUAGUUAAUUGAUUUCAAUUCAAUUACACGCUGGUCGUAGCUUUUACGACAAAUGAUCGACAAGUUUAUCACGGUUUUGUUUAUUUGGUCGAUUUUGUCCACUUUUUACCUGGGACAAAAUUUUAGUCACAACAACCCAUCGGCAAUCGUAAAAUGUUGGUGAUGAGAGAAAAUUUCUCCAAAUAAGCAACUUUUUCGCUAGUGGGGAAAGGCCCUUAGUUAAAGAGAGAGACUGUCAGAGUUAGGUGCCUUGUUCAAGAACACCACACAUUGACCCACCCGUUGCUCAAACCCAGGCCUCUUGACCUGUAUUUCAAUGCGCUGGCCAAUUAGCCACAUAUGUUGCACGUUGUCCUGUGUAUCGAUUCUCAUUAACUCAAAGCUCAGUGAGAAAGUCUGAUGUAGCUUACUCAACAAAAUGUUUUACUUUCUUUAGGUGAAAGCGGCUAUGAAAGAAGAGAUUGAUGGAUUGGCCUUGCUGGUGAAUCAGUUUGAUCAUCCAUUCCUAACUUUUAAUGGGUCGCUUGAGACAUACAAAGAGGUGAAAAUUAAUUGUAUAGACAAUUUCACGAGCAACAGCUGCAAUGGAAGAAGAAUUUGAAAUUUAAACUUAUAUCGCUGAUUAUGUCAACAGGAGCUGUACAAUCACAUUAAGAGUGGCUUGGAAAGGAGGAAGACGGAUCGCUGUUCAAAUUUUCAAGCUCAAGUGACUUGUGGGGCACUAAAACAAAAGGCAGGUCAGUGUUCAGGAACUACCCUAUGUUACAUGAAUGAUGUGUGAAUAUGCAUGAGUACGUUAGCAAAAAAAAAUCAACCAAUCACGUUGCACCAAUCAGAAGUGGCAUUUUUGGGCAAACAGACUAUUCAAAAGCCAGGAUUCGCUUGCGAGCUUUCCUUCCUCUCCACCCCACCUCACCCCCAUUAUACAACCCUUUUACUCUCAUCCCGCCACAUAUCCCGCGGUUAGGAUAUUAAAUAGUUCUUCUUUCGUACAAAAAUGCUUGUUACGGAGGAUAUGCACCAGGGUAGCAAAAUAACUGAGGAAGGGUAAUAACUAAUGGUACAUCACGAAGUCACUCACGUGGUAGGGGGGAAAAAGUGGGGGGGGGGGAAAAAAAGCUAACAUUAAAGAGACAUGAGUCCAAAGGGACUAGUUAUUAAUUUUGGUGGGGGGGGGGAUUUAUGGAAUGAUCACGUUGUUUUCAGGAAGGGAAAGGAGUGGGGUCAGUCGUCACCGACAGAGUGCAAAGUGGGACUGUAGAAAAUUGACUGCCAACAUCAAUUUACUACCAACGAGGGGGGGAGGAAUCAUAAGAAUCUUUCAGGACCUUAUGAGGGGAUCUGGUAAAUUUUAUCGUGACACGAACGACAUCCUCCAAACCCCACCCCCACCCCCACCCCCUCUCCCUCCCCCUUGGUGAUAACAAAUGACCAUAUUGUCUUUUUUCCAGAUCGCCUUCGUAGUCUUCUUCCGCCUGCAACACCAGAGGUAUCUCUUGAGCUCAGCACUCCAGUGUGAGUAUUGUGUUCCAUAACCCAUUAACCCUAAUCAUCAGUAUGCAUAUUCUCUAUACUGUUCUCUACACAUUUCCUAAAGUGCUGACAAGGAGAAUUUGUGAAGCAAUCAGGAGCUUCUUUAGUUGGCGUUCAUCUCCUUAAUCCACGUGACCUGAAUGUGUGAGUCUGGGGUGAUAUUGUAAGGAGAAAUUAGAUGCCGGUCAAAGGUUAAAUAUCUACUGACUCGGUAUAAUAAGACAUCAGAACUACUGGCUUUAGGAAACCAGCAAGCAGACAACCAAGAGGGUAAAGGAGUAAACAUUCGUUUUUUAGCUCAUUCAUGCCGAAAGCCCAUUACUCAAGUAAUGGGCUUCUGCCUUAAAUCAAAUUUCCGAACUUCUAAAAUGCAACUUGAAUCGAGAGGCCGAAAUGUUCGCACCUAGGGGACCCGUAGCGGGUUCAUAUCUGUGACCACGCAGAAGAGCAUCAGGGGCAGCCAUAUUGCUAACCAGCGCAUUUGCGUUCGUGUUCAGUUGGUAUAAAGUAAUCAUUGCUAUAUCAUUGUGCUUGUCCUCGGGAGCUCUUCCAUAGAAAGUCAACACAUCAAUCAUAGCGGCCGAUAUAGUCUUUGAUCUUGUUACUAAUUUCUUUAUUGUGUUUGUUUAUUGUAGUCUUGAUUUUCAAGCGAAGUUCGCACCGAUGGUGACCCGUCUGUACACUGAUUUUCGUGAAGCACCAGCAUCAGCUGUCGAGCAAGGGCUAGCUUCACUAACGAUACUCACUGCUACGCUGUUAGUCAUAGUGGGAGGACUGGUAAGGGUUCAGAUGUUUUAUUGAUUUAGAGAACCUCAGGCAUAAAACACGGCGGUCAAACGUCUAGCUGGCCUGCUUCAAUUUCCCGCGUAAAAUUUCAAAUGAAAACAUAAGAAAUAACUACUGUCUUGCAAAGUAAGCGAAAGAGAAUCGAUACGAUUAUAGAAAUCUGCCAAAGGAAACAAAAGCAGGGAAAAGGAAAGCGCGAGACUUUUCUAACACUGAGCUUUUUCAAGUCCUGGUAUCCUGUUGAUUCACCGAACUGUUUUGAGCUUUAUCAAAAGAAAAUGCUUUUGAAAAACAACAACAACAGCCUCAAAGCGCACCAGUCAUGACAACUUUCGCACAUGCGUAUACGUUUGACCGCUGUAAAGACAUAGUCGCAUCUCUCAAAAAAGGUGAUUUGAGUUUCUAUGCAACAUUACAGUGGUAUGUAUGCAUAUACGAAGCGUCCAUUCCAAUUCGUGUUUCUCCAAUCGCAGAUUUGGGAGACUGUAGGAUGGUGGAUUAUGGCUUUGUGUGGUGGUUUAUACAGUGGAGUGUAUGUGAUUGAGAGGGUACGCUGGACCAAGGGUGCUAGAGAGAAAGCUUUCAAACGACAGUUUGUGGAUUACGCCACAGAGGAGCUUCAAUUAGUAGUCGGUUUCAUCAGCGCCAACUGCAGUACACAAGUGCAUCAGUAAGUUUGGCUGCCAUGUGAUUUUUGAAGCGUCUUUGAUGUGAUUGUUAGUUAGAUUCCCUUUAACCCACAAAGCCUUGUGGUUGGUUUUAUUUUAAUUUGUGCCUCGUGGUCUGGCUAAUCAGAUAAGGUGUCAUUUUUUUUCACGGUGCCAUUUGGUGAAAGGCUGGAAAUAUUAAUUGGAUGUAACGAUUCUAGAAUCGUCGAUGGCUGUUUGAUUGUGCAACCAUUCGGUAUGCUAUUCUAAGCAUGCAGAGCCGUAAGUGUCUUUACCUCUGCCAUGCUAUUAUUUCUAUGCCAAGAAAACACUGCUAUUUGUUGUUAAAAGUGUUAAUUAAAUGGACUGUGCAGCCUGACAACGGAUUGAUUCUGCAGAGGAACUUUUAUACCUCAAUUACCUUUGGUUUAACUGAAUAUCACGUGCUGAAUAAUUCCUCAUACUUGUUGUUUACUACUUUGAUCUUGUUUUUAGGAUUACUGCGUAUUAAUUCCUCUUGUUUAUAAUAUGUGGUGUUAUCGACUUAAACUCAAAUAUUGGACCGACUUUCCACAAGUUCAUUCCUGUCUUAGCUAUAUAAUCUUGUUACAGUGCGUGUGUCGGCUUGUUCGCGUUUGAUCUCGCGGUAUUUUAACGGCUCGGCGAUAAGAUAUAUAACGAUGCCAAAUACCCGAUUGUUUUGAAAACUUGUUAUUGUGUACUUCAGAUAAAGAAACAUUUUAUUUUAUUUUAUUUCAGGGAACUGACGUCAACCUUCACGAAGCUUGAGUCUCUGGUUCAGAUAGAAAUGGAAAAUUUGAAAGAAAACAUCAUCAAACUGGAUAAAGAAAUAACAAGACUUGAGAAAAUCAAAAACGAUGCGAGAAUAUUAGGGUAAUUCUGUCCUACGUAUUGGCAAUUAAUUAAUGACAGCAGCUGUAGCAGAAACUGAGGUUUAGGGAGGGAAGGGGGGGGAAAUCAACAGUGAAAUGGGGGUGGGGUGGUAUAAAAUGAUUUUCUUCUGAACCCAAAUGUAUCAUUACCUCCCUCUUCACAUUGGGUUGAUAUUCUCUCUCGCUGAAGGGAACAAGGUGGCAGGGAUAAGAGAUUACCCACGGCUUCUUAGACUAGCAUUUCCAAGGAAAGAUUCUGUGAAAAUGAAAGGAAGGGGCAGGGUGUGAAAUUGCGCCUAAUACAGGCGCCAAUGCGACUAAAAUCCAGAAAAUUAGUCGCCAAAUUGGCGACUAGAAUGCUUCAUUAUAACCAUAUCUAGAGAUGUAGUGAAUUAAAAAAAAAAGAUUUGCAAAGCUAAAUCCGCGGCAAACUUCCUCGUUUAAGUUUGUUUCCAAAACGCAACACAUGCAUCUCGAUCAAUAACUGGACGCCAUCUUGGAUUUAGGUGGGCUUGAACAAUGUAUAUCAUCCAUCCCAGUGUCCACUUUGUAGCACGUUAACGAUCUCUUUCCUAACUUAUAUUUUGAAUAGUCUUUCUAGAACGCAGACAGCGUAAAAAAAAGUUUCGUUUGUCUUUAAAAAUGUGGACUAAUUUUUUUUGAAUGGGCUACCACUAAAAAUUUAGGAAUAUUUAAAGGAAAAAGGGGGGAAGGGGUGGGGGUGAGAAUUACCCCUUGCCCCUUUCAUAAACCACCCUUUCAUCUUAGGAAAUAUUUUCUUUGUCAAGGGGAAGGAGAUAGUAGGGAUUGAAGAUUACCCUCUACCCCCCUUCACAGACAACCUCGUCAUCUUAAGAAAUGGGAGUAUCGUUUGUAAACAGAAGCAUAGGGAGUGUGCAGCAUCAGAAGUACUAAGUGAGCUCGCUUUCUGUCCUUAGGAACAAAGCAAGUGAGUUCGAAAGUGAACUGUCCCAAUUCAUCACCGAGUUUGCAAAAGAGCACGAUUUGACAUCUGAUGAAGAAAGAGGCCUUGGAAUACUGGAAUAGAAGGAAAAACAUUAUCGAAGCUAUAUUUCUAAGCUAGCGAGGACUUGAUUUGCAACCUAAAACUUCGGAUGAAUAUCAUUAGCUGGAACCAAACCCUGACUUAAAGCUACUGUACAAUUCAACCAAUCCCCCCUUAUAUAACUCGUCACUGUUACAUAGCGACUCUUCAGAGGUAAGAGUAAAGACCAAUAAAUGUUAGAUACGAAUCUAAGACCCCUGAAUGUAACGAAAACAUUCAUGAUCGAUAUCGACAUCUGCGCGCAGACCCCUAGAUGUAAGAUUUUACGAUCGAUAUGAAAAUUAGGACAUGGUUUUAUCAUCGAUGUGACAUUCUAAGGUCAAUAUCAACAUCUGAGCACAGGAUACGCAAUAGGUUUAAAAAUUUACGAUCAACACAGACCUCUGAUCGUAAGAUGUUACGAUCUUUAUCAACAUCUGGGCACAGAUCUGUUAUGCAAGACACGUUGAUUUGAACCCCUGAAUGUAAGGAACAACUAUCAAUAUCAAUAUCUGAGCACAGAACUGUCAUGUAAGACACGUUGAUUUGAACCUCUGAAUGCAAGGAACAACAAUCAAUAUCAACAUCUGGGCACAGACCUGUCAUGUAAGACACGUUGAUUUGAACCCCUGAAUGCAAGGAACAACAAUCUAUAUCAACAUCAGGGCACAGAUCUGUUAUGUAAGACACGUUGAUUUGAACCCCUGAAUGUAAGGAACAACUAUCAAUAUCAAUAUCUGAGCACAGAACUGUCAUGUAAGAC